AUGUCGAUCAUACCUGACCUGCCCACCGUGGACGACGACGCCUCCAUGCUCUCCGCCAAGUUCGGCCGCGAGAUCGCAAACUACUUUGCCGGCUCACCCCUCAACCGCGUCGGCUUCCUCCGCGCCGACCACGCCUUCCUGCGCUCCGCCUUCUCGCACCCGUCCACGCGCUUCCUGCUCCUCAAUGAGCUCGCUCCCCUGGUGGACGAGAGUCAGAACAAGUUGGGCUAUGUCAGCUACUCGGACGUGAAGGGGUUCACGGGGCCGGACCCAUUCGAGAAGAGCGAGGAGGAGCUGAUCAAGAGCUUCCGCUCCGACGAGGAAAAGCCGCUCAUCCUGCUGCUGGGCAUUGACGAGGGCAACAAACUGCAUGCACCAAGCACAAGCGACACCUUUGGCUACAAGGAGUUCAAGGGCAGGCCAUAUUUUGCAGUCGACGUCUCGCCGCGUGGGCAGCUUGCCGAGGAGGCGAGCAAGGUGGUCGAGGCCGUGAAGGCGAAGGGGUACUCCUUCUUGAAAAACCAGAGGGCAAUGAACCUGGCAUAUGGCGAAGCGGCUGUAUAUGCACAGGCGAGAUCGAUGUUUGACUGGAACACCCGAAACCCCUACUGUGCGCAGUGCGGAUCCAAGACGCUCUCAGUCAACGCCGGAGGCAAGCGGACCUGUCCACCCACAGAUCUGGCAGGCGGGACGCUGAAAGAACGAGGUCCAUGCGCAUCCCGACAGGGCGUCUCCAACAUCUGCUUCCCGAGGACAGACCCAACCAUCAUCGUGGCCGUUGUCUCAGCUGACGGGUCCAAGAUCCUGCUGGGCAGGAACAAGAGGUUCCCUCCACACUGGUACAGCACGCUGGCAGGCUUUCUCGAGCCGGGCGAGUCGAUCGAGGAGGCCGUCCGGCGUGAGGUGUGGGAGGAGAGCGGCGUGAAGCUGAGCCGUGUGGUCAUCCACAGCUCACAGCCCUGGCCCUUCCCUGCCAGCCUGAUGAUAGGCGCCAUCGGCCAGGCCCAUCCUGGCGACGGCGAGAAGAUUGAUCUAGGAAAUGACCCAGAACUGCAGGAUGCCAAGUGGUUCACCAUCGAGGAGGUCAAAGAGGCGCUGGAAAAGGGCGUGUCUGGUCUCGGCGACCCAGCCCCUGAAGGGUGGAAGGAAGGAUAUCUGAGGCUGCCACCGCAGACGGCUAUUGCCAACCGCCUCAUGACCGCUGUUUGUGAGGGUUUCGUCGGGGCAUCAUCCAGGAUUUGA